AUGAAGACUGUUGUUGGUCAUGCCUGGCUGUACGCCCUAAUGGUCUUCAAGACCCUUGCCAACCCUCUUCGCGAUCAGGGCCAGUCCGUCCUCAUUGAUGGCCAAUUGAACCCCUCUACCGAUGGUUCCCUGCAAAGCGAUUGCUCUGCAUCGAUUGGCGCCAAAAUUACUGGUGAGAACAUCCAUGCGGUAGCCAGCAUAGACUGUGUCAAUGCAGUUGGAUCUUCAGAGAAGAUUGCUAGUUUUGAGCCUAUUGUUGUGGAUGUAGGCAGCUCCGUCGAUAUCCAAGUGCUUAGCUCAGGCUAUGAUUCAUGGACAGUCACUCAGGGUGAUGGUUAUGAUGGACGCGAUGGACGUGAUGGACGUGGUGGCCAUGAUUACCAUGACCACCACGAUCACGAUCACGAUCACGACCCGCCUCGUAACGGUCACCACAAGACCAUAACAGUCACGAUGACUAUCACCUCGAUUUUAACCUCAACUACAACCUCGGUUAAGACCACCACGGAAAGUCCCUCGACUAUCACCUUACCUGCCUCUACGAUACAUCUUCCACCAGUCACAGUCACAGAGUCAGAGACCGUAACGCAGCCGGCUGAAACUGUGACUUCAUGCCCUAGUCUUCCACAACCUACGUACCCUGGAUCUUGUCAACCGUUGGCUCCAUAUACUGCGACGUUCGAAGGGGUCGAACACGCUGACGAUCUGUGGAGUACCAGCGGAUAUAAAGGAGUCCAAUAUGCUUUGGGGAUGGGCAACUGGAGACUUGUCCCUUUCGGUGAUACCGGCAGGGCCAUCCAAAUCAUUUAA